AUGACGCCACGCCGCCUGCCCGUCGCCGGCUCACUCCGGCCCCGCCCGCGCAGGUCGCCCGGGCGCCUGCGGCCGCGCCUGUCCCGGGGGACGCCCCAAGCUGCCGCCCCACCCCGCCGCUCCCCGGUUCCCACGGCGCCCGCCCCCACGCGCCCGGAUCCACGCCCGGCCUGCCCCGUGCGCCACCCAGCCCCUGCAGGAGGCUCGCGAACAUGGCGCUCGUUCCCUGCCAGGUGCUGCGGGUGGCCAUCCUGCUGUCCUACUGCUCCAUCCUGUGCAACUACAAGGCCAUCGAAAUGCCCUCUCAUCAGACCUAUGGAGGGAGCUGGAAGUUCCUGACGUUCAUUGAUCUGGUUAUCCAGGCCGUCUUCUUCGGCAUCUGCGUGCUGACUGAUCUUUCCAGUCUUCUGACCAGAGGGAGCGGGAACCAAGAACAAGAGAGGCAGCUCAGGAAGCUCAUCUCCCUCCGGGACUGGAUGUUGGCUGUGCUGGCCUUUCCCGUUGGGGUUUUCGUUGUUACGGUGUUCUGGACCAUCUAUGCUUAUGACAGAGAGAUGAUAUACCCGAAGUUACUUGACAACUUUAUCCCAGGGUGGCUAAACCACGGAAUGCACACAACAGUUUUGCCCUUUAUAUUAAUUGAGAUGAGGACAUCCCACCAUCAAUAUCCCAGCAGAAGCAGUGGACUCGCGGCCAUAUGUACCUUCUCUGUGGGCUAUAUACUAUGGGUGUGCUGGGUGCAUCAUGUCACUGGUAUGUGGGUGUACCCUUUCCUGGAACACAUUGGCUCAGGAGCCAGGAUCAUCUUCUUCGGAUCGACAACCAUCCUAAUGAAUUUCCUGUACUUACUGGGAGAAGUCCUGAACAGCUAUGUCUGGGAUACACAGAGAAGUAUGGAAGAAGAGAAAGGAAAGCCUAAGCUGGAAUAAGAUCCGAGUCUAAGGAACUGCCAUUGAUUCUCUUGGCCCUGGGCACCAACAGUGAGGAGAAAACCUCUAAGGAAGCAGAGGCAUCAGCCUUCCCCCUGACCCCGAGGGAGGACACCUUUUAUAGACCAAUAUGUACACAAUAGCAGACACAGCUUUCCCAUAACUUUCCCUCAUUGUUUUAAAGUACUUUCUCCACAUUCCUUACGGAUGACAUCUUUUCCCCCUUUUCUAAUUUUAAAACUAAAAUUGGUCAUUGAAUUUUCAUUUCUGCAAUAACUCCAUUUAAUCACAGAAAAAUAAAAUUGGGUUGUGUUUCUUGUUGAGGAAUAUGGUAAAGUUAAAGGGGCAGAUGUGGAUCGAGGCAUUCAUAUUUAGUCCUAAAGGCGGCUGGUAUCAUAACCCGGGCCACAGUGUGGGCCCAAGAGGAGGCAGGAUAGAUGGUUCCUAUGGUCGCAGAGUCACAGUCGCCUCAAAUGAGCAGUGGUAGACAUGGCAUCACUUUAACCAAGACCCUAUUUAAUCUUAUGAAACUUUUUCUACAUGCAAACCUUAUCUUUAAUAAAGUCCUACCAACCCCAAA